GUCAAAGACUAUGAGCAGGUGGAGAACCAAUCAGAGUCGCUCUUUCAGACUUAAUCUGUGGAAAAGAAAGCGGUGAAUUCAACGUAAACACUUCUUGAAAAUCACGAAGAAUGUUACUUUUCGACCCGUGAGCACAGCAUAGUCUACAGGUAUUGUCAUAGAAGUUGCCGAAAUAGACUGCUAAGGAUGUCAACAGAAAGUGAUGGCUAUGGUGCUUCAGAUAAUGGGAGUGUGCUCAAUGCAAGACGUUAUCCACUGGCCAGAAGAGGGCGCUCUAGACCUUCAUCCAAUUCUGACGUUGCUGAGAGAGUUGACACAUUGGCAUCUUCAUUAAGAGAUACCAACAGAAAUCUCCAAGAGGUUGGUGGUCUGUUAGGACAGUACAGAAGUGCCAGUAGUCAACAGACCGAUGCAAUUGACAGGUUGAGGGCAAACCUCAAUCAACGUGAUUCCCAACUGAGUAGAGAUCGCUCUGACAGAUAUGCAAGACAUGAGUCUGACACUAUGUCAGCAAGUGAACUAAGAUCCGACUCCAGGCAUAGAAGAUCAGCUUCAGCAACACAAACGAGGAAGACAAGGCCAUCUGUCAGAUUUAGUCAAAAUGCUGAUGAGGUCCAUGAGAUCCACCGCGAUAUCAGGGAUCUAGGCCAAGACCAGGCCAGAUUAGCUGAACAGCUCAGUCACGAGAGAAAUCGACGUGACCAGGUCGAGUUGGAAAACAGGAAACUUCUUCUUGACCUCUCAGAUUCUGUGAAGCGGACAGAGUGGCAAGAUAGCAAGCCAUCAGAGAGAGUUGAGAAGCGUCUGAGAGAUCUACAGGAGGAGCUACGGUUGCAACGUGAAUCAGUUUCUAGGAAAUUCAAAAGCACAGAUGACAGAGAUUCUAUCAAAAAAGAGAUAAGAGAGACACUACUGAACGUGAGUCGUGAGGAGGAUCGUGAGCUAAGAUCAAGGCUGGUUCAGAUGGAGGCUGAGAAACAGAAGAUGGCAUCGGAGCUGGAGAGUACCAAGAGAAAACUCGACCAAUCACACGGAAGCUCAUCUGUUCUACAGCAACAUAUGGAUUCAUUACGGAAGGACCUUGCUCGUUCUGAUGAAGACAGACACCAUCUCAAGAGCCAGCUGACCCAAAUGAGGAACUCAUUCCAUGAGGACGACUUUGCUGUGCCAAGGAGAGAGAGGCAACAGAGUAUUCACGAAGAUGGAGAUGAUAUUAGAGAAAGGAGUAAAUUGGAGAGGGAGAUUCAUAGUUUAAGAGCCCAGCUGAGUCAGGCCAGUAGUCUAAAGGAGUAUGAUGAACAGAGGAAAGAGCUGGACAGAAGUAGAAGACAGAAUGAACAGCUAUCUGAACAUAUUGAUACGCUCAACCAAGAACUAGAUGGGAAGGAUAGGAAGCAAGGAAAAUUGCUAGCCCAGUUGAAGGAUGCCACAGAUAGUCUAGCAGAGAGUGAGCACCAACGCCAACAGGCCCUGGACCAGCUACAAGAUCUAGAGGAGAGGCUGAGACUGAAAAGCAGUGAGAGCGAGGCUAGCAUCAAGAGGGCCAGAGAGAGCGAGAGAUUGCUGACAGAGAACCAAGGAAAGACGGAAGACAGGCAGAGGAAACUACUUGAUAUGGUGAAACACCUGAAAUCGAAAUGCAGGAAGUUGGAGAGAGAUCAUGAAUCCAGCAGGCUUAGCUCAUCCCAACACCAAGAUAGAGCAGAGGAAUUGCUCAAAGAAAAUGAGACGCUGAAUAUGCACAAAACAAACAUGACCCACCGGAUGGAAAAUCUACAAAGGGAAAUUGCAGACAUCUUGGAAAAGUUAGCGAGGCAAGAUGAACAGCUGAGGUUAAAGGACAUUGAGGUGAAUGAACUAAAGUCUUCCUGUAUGAAACUAGACCAAGAACUCAGGGACAAUAGGAAUCUAACAGACAGGUUGGAGGGAGAGUUACACGGAGAACAAUCAAGACUAAUGAUGGUCAGUAAUGAAAAGCUCAAAGUGGAACAGCAGCUUGAUUCAGCUAAAGCCAAGUUACAUGAUGCUCAAGGGCAGAAUCAGAGAAUACAGAGAGAAUUGCGUGACAUCACCAAGCAGAAUGCUGAACUAACCUCUCAGGUAUCUGACCUGAACACUCGGAAGAAGGAAGUAGAAAGACAGCUUGCCGUUGCUGAAGAUGAGAAACAAAACAUCAAGCAGGACCUCAAAAAGUUGGAUAAAAAGUUUCAAGAGGUCCAAGAUUUCAAUGCAGCCCUGACAGAGAAGCUACACACUGAAAUGGAAACAUCAAAGGUUAAUGAAGGGAAGGUGGUUCAUGAUCUGAUGCGGAAAAUGAAGUGUGAAAAAGCCGAGUCAGAAGCAGCGAUCCAGGCUCUCAAGAUUGAAUCAGCGGAGGCAAGAUCAUUGACAAAGUCCCUCCGUCGUCAGGUGGAGAGAGGAGUCAGUGAGAUGGAGAAGAUGCGGGGAGAGAUUCAUCACCUUGACGAUGAGAACCUCAAACUGAGGAGAAACUUUGACAGGAUCAGAGCUGGGUUUGAGGAGCAAGCCCAGCUGGUGGAGGUUGGGGAUAACAGAUCAUCGGCGUUAGAGAAGCAUUUACAGAGAGCAGAGCUAGCCAUCCAGAGCCUCCGAACUGACCGUGAGAAUGAUAUCAGGGGUGUGGUCAGGGAGGUAGACAUCCUGGUUGGUUUGGUCUCGGCGAAUGGUGAUGAUGAUGAUGAUGACGAUGAUGACCGUGCGCCCUUACCGUUCUCAAGAUCCCAUGGCUCUCCAGAUGCCCUGCUUGCUGAUCUCAAGAGCAAGCUGCACUGGCUACAGCAGGAAGUACGUAAACAGGCUGACCGUCGCAAGCGACUUAAAACGAACCUCAAUCGUAGCCGGUCAGAGCUGACCGACCUCCAGAGAGAUUACCUGUCUGAUAAGUAUGUUUAUGAGACACAGUUAGGCAGAACAGGGGACAUGAUACGAGAUCUGCAAUAUGAGAAGCAAGAUUUGCAAUUACAGAACCUUGAAAGAGUCCAUACAGUGAGAUCAUUGGAGAAGCAAGUAGAUAACAUGGAAGAGCAUAUCAGAGAGGGAGCUAAGAUUCUGGAUAGAUCUAUUGAGGGACUGACGGAGCCAGAUCAUUUACCCCCUCCACCUCGUCCUUCUUCAUCCUCCUACUCAGAGUUUGAUAGACUGACGGAACUUGAUAAAGAAAGACAGCGUAUUGAGGAGAAAUACAAUAGAUAUCAGAGUACAGUAGCCCAACUCCAUCAGCAGCUAGACGAGUCCAAGAAUUUCAUAAGUAGUCCACCGUCAAAGAGAGAGCACAGUAGAUCAGGUAGAGGACACGACCUUUGACACUAGUUCUUAGAAAAUAGUGUUUUGGGUAAGAGGUACAUGUUGUCAAGGUGACACAAUAUUUAUUCCUGCGACAAUUGCUCUGGGCUUUAUUUCGUCUAAGAUAUAAGUUUAGGGUUUUAAACUAAGUUUAAGGUUAGGUUUAGGAUAGGGUAUAGAGUUAAAUCUAGGUUUGGAUUUGGUCAUUCCAUUAGUGUGUGGAAUUUGUGGCGGAGCAAUUGUCGCCAGAACAAAUGUCAUGGAACCGUUGUCAAGGAUUUAAAUACAAGAUAUUUAAAAGAGUAACAAUGUAAAUGAAAAAUGUGAUAUUCACUUGAAAAAUUACCUGCCAUUUUGAUGAACUUGUGUGAUGAAUCAUAAUAUUUAUCCAUUAUGUGUAUCUGAAAUUUUUUUUUUUUUACAUGUAACUCAGGGUUGCCAUAUGUCAGGCAUAAGCAUGAAUUUAAGCCCUUGCAACUUUAUUUUCAGGCUAUAAGAAAUUCCUCUUUUUGUCUAUACAAGCCCUUUCUAGAUAGUCAUUUGUAAUUUAAAAACAGCUACUGGUACACGACACACUUAUUUCGACUGGUCUCUGACUUCAGCAACAGGUAAAUGACAUUUGUAUCUAUGUUGAAGUACCAGUUUCAAACAACAAAAGUAAUGAAAAUAUAUCUUACAGUGAUAAUAAUGCAGUUCAUUGUUUCUCUAUGCAGAAUACAAUUUUUUUUCAAUUUGUAAGAAUGAUUUUUUUUGUAUGGUUUUUCAAAAUAAAAAUAAAAAAUAGGAUGGCUUUAGAAGAAAUAAAAGGAUUUAAACAAAGAAAUGACUCUCCCCAAUCUAAGAGAUGCAUGGUCUGUUAGCCCAGUAUUAAUAUCAUUUUCUAUCAUGCUUAAAUGAGCGUAAAAACAUGCACAAAAUGAUGGAAGAAGAUUUCUAUACGAAAAUCAAAACAGACAAAACAAAUUCAGGGAAUUAUAAAAAGUCCUACUAGAGGACCACAUAUUAAUUCACCAUUGCGAAGACUUAGAAAUGUUCCCCAUCACAUGAAUGUUGAGUUAUGUUUCCUUAUUUUUAUUUUUAUUUUUUUUGGGGGGUUGUUGCUUAUUGUUUGAGGAGAACCUUUGUUUUUAUGCAAUAUCAUACAUAUCUAUACAAUUUUUUUUUUCUAGGUCUGUGAUUUUUCAUAUGUUGUUUUUUCUCAUAUGACAGUAAAGCAACAUGAAACUUUAUUUUGUCUCUCUGUCAUUUUCUCAUUGAUUUUGUUUGUAAAUUGAGCAGCAGGCAAUAUUUGAAAAAAAUCCAGUUUGAGAAGCAGCCAGUCCACUGUCCUUGAACAAUACUUCAUGCUAUGUAAGAUAGACCUUAUUUUUAUAGAUGGGGGAUAUUUUGGCUUUGUGCUUUUUAUGAUGAUAAGUAAACCAAAUAUUCAUAUGCAGUACAUAAUGCAUUGUUUGAAUCAAUGAAUUAAUCUGCAUAAAAGAAUACGAUUGUGCUGCAAUCAAAAUUUCUGGGUUCAUGUAAUUUUGUUUCUAACCCGUUUUAGAUCGAGCCCAUAUAUGUGAAUGCUUGAAUCUAUGAAAAACAUCUGUUACAGCAUACUAAGUCAUUCACCAACUUCAUUCCUUCAGUUAUGAAAUAUGCUGCUGACAAAAUGACUAUCCAGCGUGGUAUUGUACUAAGAAAGAUAUCACCUGUUUGUAAAUUUUGUGUGAUUUAAGUUUAGUUUUGAUUGUUCAGUUAUCAUAAUGCUGACCCUACUUAUGAAGGAUCUACGCAUUUUAUGUUGAUACAGCCUAAUUCUUAAAUAGAAAAGUAACAAAUCUUCCCUGCAUUAUUUAUUUGAUCCAUCACUUCUCCCUAUCAUUUGAUUUUAUUUUUUCAAUCCCUCUUUUAAACAUUUUAUCUCGUGAAUCGUGUAAGGAAAUAGAGACCUUACCUCAUAUGUCUGCUAUUGAUGAGAAGCAUUGUGACAAUCCACUAAUUAUGCUUUAAUGUAUCUUUCUUUAAACAAAAGUUACUAGAAUACUGAAAUAUGAUAUUUUAUCAAUUUUUUUCUUUUUUGUAUUUGGAUAUAUCCUAGGAUUUCAUGAUCACACCUUAAAUGGAAAGAAGCUGCCGAUAUUUUCACAUCUUUAUGUCUUAUGAGAAUGUGAAAGUCGUAACAUUUGUCUUUCAUAAGUAAACACUUUUUUAACAAAGAAACAACACAGAA